AGCCGGAAGCGGAAGGGCCGCGGCGGGGCGGGGAACGGACCGGACCGGACCGGGCCUGGAGCGAGCGGGCCGGGCCGGCGGCGGGCGGACACCAUGGGGCGCGGCGGCGGCACCUUCGAGCGGCUCCUCGAUAAGGCCACGAGCCAGCUCCUGCUGGAGACAGACUGGGAAUCCAUCCUGCAGAUCUGCGACAUGAUCCGCCAGGGAGACACGCAGGCGAAAUACGCCGUCAACGCCAUCAAGAAGAAGGUGAAUGACAAGAAUCCCCACGUGGCCCUGUACGCGCUGGAGGUCAUGGAGUCGGUGGUUAAAAACUGUGGCCAAACAGUCCAUGACGAGGUGGCCAAUAAACAGACCAUGGAGGAGCUGAAGGAAAUACUCAAGAGGCAAGUGGAGACAAGUGUCCGCAGUAAGAUCCUGUACCUCAUCCAGGCCUGGGCUCACGCCUUCCGCAACGAGCCCAAGUACAAGGUGGUGCAGGACACCUACCAGAUCAUGAAGGUGGAAGGGCACGUCUUCCCGGAGUUCAAGGAGAGCGACGCCAUGUUCGCUGCAGAGAGGGCUCCAGACUGGGUGGAUGCAGAGGAGUGCCACAGGUGCCGGGUGCAGUUUGGCGUCGUGACGCGCAAGCACCACUGCCGGGCCUGCGGGCAGAUCUUCUGUGGAAAAUGCUCCUCCAAGUAUUCCACCAUCCCCAAGUUUGGGAUUGAGAAGGAAGUGAGAGUCUGUGAGCCCUGCUACGAGCAUCUCAACAAGAAAACUGAGGGUAAAGCUGCUGCCACCUCUGAACUGCCCCCUGAGUACCUGACCAGCCCCCUCUCUCAGCAGUCCCAGGUGAGCAGCUGCCCCAUAGGUGAUCUGGUGAUCCUGACCUGUUUGUUGAUCCCAUUACUGACCACCUCCUUACCUUUCCACUUGCAGCUGCCUCCAAAGCGUGAUGAGACAGCGCUGCAAGAGGAAGAGGAGCUCCAGCUGGCUAUUGCCUUGUCUCAGUCAGAGGCUGAGGAGAAGGAGAGAAUGAGGCAGAAAACAACCUACUCCAUGUACCCCAAGGCUGAGCCCACUCCUGUCACGUCCUCGGCUCCCCCAGUCAGCACACUCUACUCCCCACCCGUGAAUUCCUCUGCUCCCUUGGCCGAGGAUAUUGACCCAGAGCUGGCUCGGUACCUGAACCGCAACUACUGGGAGAAGAAGCAGGAGGAGGUUCGCAAGAGCCCCACACCGUCAGCACCCCUGUCCCUGACAGAGCCUGCUGUGCAGCCUGGGGACGCCCACCCUGCCCCUCUUGGGGUGGUUGAGCAGUACCAGAACGGUGAGUCCGAGGAGAACCACGAGCAGUUCCUGAAGGCACUGCAGAACGCGGUCACCACGUUCGUCAACCGCAUGAAGAGCAACCACAUGCGAGGCCGCAGCAUCACCAACGACUCUGCCGUGUUGUCCCUCUUCCAGUCCAUCAACAACAUGCACCCGCAGCUGCUGGAGCUGCUCAACCAGCUGGACGAGCGCAGGCUGUACUAUGAGGGCCUGCAGGACAAGCUGGCCCAGAUCCGGGACGCGCGCGGGGCCCUGAACGCGCUGCGGGAGGAGCACCAGGAGAAGCUGCGCCGUGCCGCGGAGGAGGCAGAGCGCCAGCGCCAGAUCCAGCUGGCACAGAAGCUGGAGAUCAUGAGGCAGAAGAAGCAGGAGUACCUGGAGAUGCAGCGUCAGCUGGCCAUCCAGAGGCUGCAGGAGCAGGAGAAGGAGAGGCAGCUGCGCCUGGAGCAGCAGAAGCAGACCAUCCAGAUGAGAGCCCAGAUGCCAGCUUUCUCCCUGCCUUAUGCUCAGCUCCAGGCCAUGCCCGCAGCCAGCGGGGUGAUCUACCAGCCCUCUGGGCCCACCAGCUUCCCUGGCACGUUCAGCCCAGCUGGCUCUGUGGAGGGCUCUCCCAUGCACAGCGUGUACAUGAACCAGGCUGCACAAGGGGGAACUGGGCCCUACGCUGCCAUGCCCGGCACUGAUCCCAGCAUGGUGAAUGCCUACAUGUACCAGGCGGGUGCCAGCAGUGGGCAGGGGCCUCAGCAGGGGCCGGCGGUGCCCACCACUACCCCUGCGUAUUCAUCCUACCAGCCCACACCCACGCAGGGCUACCAGACUGCAGCCUCCCAGUCGCAGAGCAUCCCAGCCAUCUCCCAGGCACCCCAGUCGGGCACCAUGGGCUACAUGGGCAGCCAGUCUGUCUCCAUGGGCUACCAGCCCUACAGCAUGCAGGGUCUUAUGUCUGCCCUGCCGGGCCAGGACACAGCACUGAGCAGCCUGCCAGCCCAGCAAUCCUACCUGCCCGGUCAGCAGCCCCUCUACCAACAGGUGGCCCCAGCUGGGGGUCCCCCCCAGCAGCAGCCCCCGGCAGCGCCUGCCCCCGGGCAGCAGCCCCCGGGCAGCGGGGAGGCCCAGCUCAUCUCGUUUGACUGAUGGCAGACACAGGGCUCCGGUGUAACACUACUCUUCAUCCGAAAUCACUCUGUACUUCGACUACUCGCGCUGCCCCCCGGCCCCGUGCCCCAGGGGCGGUGGGGCCCGAGGCUCCUGCUGCCGGCUUUGGGGACCAAGGGGCGGGGGGCAGCCCCAGGCCCUGCAGCUGGGGCAGCAGCCCUGGCUCCCCACCCGCCCUCGGCAGCGGCGGCUCGGGGCCGGGCGGGAGCUCGGCCUGCCCUGUCCUUGUCCCGGGGCUGUGGCACGGGCCUCUGCCCAGCGCCGGUGCCAGCCCUGCCCCUGUCCUUGUCUUUCGGGGCUGUGGCGUGGGCCCGAGGGUGCAGCCUCCAGCCCUGCCCGGCCGCGGUGCCAGCCUGCCCCUGUCCUUGUCCCGGGGCUGGGGCACGGGCCCCAAGCGCUCCCGCCCUGUCCCUGUCCUUGUCCCGGGGCUGUGGCACGGCCCCAGGGGCGCAGCCUCCAGCCUUGCCCCGUCCCCGCCGCGCCCCGCUCCCUCACGGCCCGGGCCCUGCGCUGGCCCGGCCUGUCCCGUCCCGCCCGUCCCGGCGGAGACCGAGCGCUACCGGUGACAAUAAAGUGUUGGAACGAA